CUUUCCUUUCCUUUCUUCCCGCUUCAACAACAGGAGAUAGGCCACCACCAGGUGUAAAAUCCGACAACGACAACAUGGCCGGCAUGAAGUACGUUCUCGUUUCUGGAGGUGUCAUAAGCGGCGUUGGGAAGGGCAUAAUUGCCUCUUCGGCGGCGCUGCUGCUUCAGACUAUGGGUCUGAAGGUGUCUAGCAUCAAGAUUGAUCCGUACAUCAACGUGGAUGCUGGAUUGAUGAACCCGCGCGAACACGGCGAGGUCUACGUGCUGGACGAUGGCGGGGAGGUCGACCUCGAUCUCGGAAACUACGAGCGAUACCUGAACAUCACCCUCGCGCGCCAAAACAACAUCACUCUCGGCAAGAUCUACAAGAACGUGAUUGAGAAGGAGCGGAAUGGCGAGUACCUGGGCAAGACGGUGCAGGUGGUGCCACAUGUGACUGGAGAAAUUGAGCAAUGGAUUGAGCGCGUUGCCAAAGUCUCGGUCGACGGGACUGGCGAAGAGCCAGAUGUAUGCAUCAUCGAGCUUGGAGGGACCGUGGGCGAUAUCGAGAGCAUGGCUUUUGUGGAGGCACUGUGCGAGCUCCGAAGAAAAGCAGGCCGCGACAACUUCAUGCAAAUCCACGUCUCGUACGUGCCAGUCAUUCACGGCGAGCAGAAGACGAAGCCCACACAGAUGGCCAUCAAGGCCGUUCGAUCAGCAGGUCUGAUUCCCGAUUUGAUUGCGUGCCGCUGCGAAAAGCCAUUGGACCCAAACGCUAUCGACAAGAUUGCACGAUUCUGUCAAGUCGAGAACCAAAAUGUCUUGGCUGUCAGGGACAUGCCAUCGACGUACCAGGUGCCCAUUCUGCUACACGAGCAGAAUCUGGUGCAGAUGAUGACCUCUGCUCUCCGACUGGAUGUCCUUUCUCUCCCUCCCGCCCUGGUCAAAAAGGGCGAACAGAUCUGGAGCACCUGGCGGACUCUCGCUCUUGGUCUCGACCAAGUCCACGAAGUGCUCGAGAUCGUCUUGGUGGGCAAAUAUCUUGAGCAGCCAGAUGCUUACUGCUCGGUGAUCAAGUCUCUGGAGCACGCUGCCAUGUACUGUCGGAAGAAGCUGCGGGUCAAGAAUGUUGACGCAGAGCACCUGGAGAAGCAAACUAACAAGAGCGACUCGGCGGCGUACCACAAGGCCUGGCACGACGUGUGUACAGCCUCUGGAAUCCUCAUUCCAGGUGGCUUCGGUAGUAGAGGGACAGAAGGCAUGAUUGCUGCGGCCACGUGGGCACGCGAAAACAAAAUUCCCUAUUUCGGCGUGUGUCUUGGCAUGCAGAUUGCAGUGAUCGAGUUCGCGAGAUCUGUCUGUGGCGUCACAUUGCCACAAGCCACCUCGUCCGAGUUUGACGGCAACGAUUCUGACCGAGUUAUCAUUGACAUGCCCGAACACAAUCCUGGACAGAUGGGCGCAACGAUGCGUCUUGGUAUCAAACCAACAUACUGGCAGCCAGACUCGGAGUGGAGCAAGCUGCGUGCGCUCUAUGGCCUCAAGAACGAAAGUAUCCUUGAGCGCCACCGUCAUCGAUACGAAGUCAACCCAGACUACAUUUCCCGAUUGGAGCAGAAUGGCCUCACAUUCAUCGGCAAGGACGAGACUGGGGUGCGCAUGGAGGUCAUCGAGCUCAAGGACCAUCCUUACUACGUGGGCGUACAGUUCCAUCCAGAGUAUCUGAGCCGUGUGCUCAGUCCAUCAAAGCCAUAUCUCGGCUUCAUCGCUGCCAGCGCCAAAAUGUUGGACCAGAUCACGCGCACGGGCAGUCCAUCAGAAGGCAUACCACCAAUAUCAGGAAUGCUUGAGGAGACGAGCAUCAACACUCCCACGAAGAGCUCUCCCAACGGCACUGGCAAAUGAGUCGCUGCAAUCCUUGUCUCGGGCAUAUGAACAGGAAAGAGGGGCCCCAGAGCAAUAACCAACAUCGGGCGACGGCGUUUCAUGGAUUGGUCACAAGAGUUUGGACAUGCUGAUGGUGAUAGAUUGAUGAUACUCAAAGCGUGGCGUACAGGAUAUAGCCAAGCAUAUCCGCACAGUACAUAUAUGGACGGAUAAGCCGGAUAAACCAGGGCUUAUAUGAAUGAUGAAGUCGACAAUACUGGUGUGAUCCCAGUUUUCGCUGUCUCUACAUACUCCUGGCCAGUGGCGGCAUGAUCAUGCUGACUUCCCAGCUCGCACUCAAAGCUUCAGGCAGGGGUCACGGCAGAUCCAUUCCACUGCUUUGACUGCUCCAGGGCCCACGACGUGGAACAAUACGAUGCCGGGCAUGGGAGGUUGCUGAUUCAUUCUUCUUCAGGCUGACACGCAUGACUUGGCAACAACCAAACCCUCGCUGAACGGAGCUGACGGGAAUGAUUAUCAAUGAUAUGUCCUGGAAAACCUUAUUGCCCUAGUAGUUGAGUGGGGACCUGAUCUGCAACGUCUCGGACGACCUUUACCUCCUAGUUACUGCUGGGAUCCAGAGGAGCUUGGCUUCAAUUUCAUGCCUCCCCCUGGUGAUGACGGAAUCGUGAUUACGGCGCAGGCCUGCGUUUUGUCUCGCGGCCUCGCACAUCCAUACAUGUACCUUUUAUGUGUUAUCCAACGCUACCUACCUAAGGUACCUACGAAAAGACUUUCCAACAACAUACAGAUGGUUACAUGAAGGGAUCUUCCUUGAAACAAACUGAUAUACAUCCCGCGCGAGUUGUUACUAUGUACUCUCAUCAUCCGAACCGAUCACAAACUACCGUAUGUAUUACAUUAGGUACAGUAGGUAGCUUGGAAGAAAUUUUUCUUAGCAGUCGUGUCAACGCACUCGACUCGCUGCAACCAAAACCUUGGCAUCACAGCCCCGAUUCUCUCCAUAUCCAUGCAAAACAUUAUCUCUACCUGGCUCCACUCUCUGCUCUUCUCCAAUUUUUUUUUGUUUUUUUCUUUUUUUUCUGGUUUGUUUAUUAGCUGCCCGCUCUCCAAAUUGUAACGUCCGUCCGGGGCACUUUUGUAAGAAGUUUGCCAAGCAAGAACCACCGAGGCACCCCCGACCCCUUCACAGUGCCUAGGUAGGUAAACGAUGCUAUAGGCCGCAGCUCUCCUUUAUUCUUCGACCUGGACUUUGGGUUUGUAAACAGGCGAAGCGAGAGGAGGGUUCAGAGCUCGAGAUGUUGUAUACUCUGUACACUUACUAGUUCAAAAGGUACUAUAUACUAGACAGGCUCUGCUGCUGAUUACGUCGGUAGGAGGUACCUUUAAUAGCGAAGCUAUAUCUAUCCGCUAAGAGAAAGUAUAAAUACUAAAUCAUUCGAUAACAAUUCUCUUGCCUUAUCGUUUACAACGUAUAAGCGUUGUACGGUUAUAGUGUAGAUUUAGUUAGGA